AUGAAUCAGACAAGAAUAGGUAAUACUAGCAAUGACAAAGAAAUGCUUACUAUGGCCGAGGAAGAAUUAGCUCGAUUACAGAGGCAGUUGCGUAUCAUGGAGGAAGAUCGAAUGGCGUUUUUGGAAGAAACAGGUUCAAAAUUGAGAAAACAACGAACUAUUAUCGGUAGACUAAGGAAGGAAAAAGAGAAAAUUUAUGAGGAGAUUAACGUGGCAACGUGUUUGAAUCAAAAACGAAACGAUGAAAAGUUGAUUAAGAAAAUGAGUAAAUUACUUGAAGAUUACGAGAGGUACGACAAAUUGGUUAGAAAAGAAAAAGAAGAACUUAGAGAAUUGGAAAUACAAAUAAAAAAGAUGGAAGCAGACAGUCAACGUUUACGGCCCAAAUCGGUUAUAACAGACCAAGACUACGAAAAUCGCUUAAAAAUGGGAGAACAAUCAAUACAAAUAUUGAAAGAUAGGUUAGAAAACGCCGUUAAAAAAUUUUGUGGCAUAUUAACGAAAAAUAAAGAGCUCAGAGAAGAAAUCGAUCAUCUAUUGAAAGAAAGAGCAGGUUAUAAUAUAAUAUGGGAAUCAUUACUGAAGGAAAUGCAAAACAGAAAAAAAUACAUGGUUGAAUUGAUUGAACAGGCCUCGGUUGCCUUCGAUCAAAGAGAAGAAUGGUGUACAAAACUUGCCGCUCUAAAAAAACGAGCACAAAGCGACUAUUUAGCACAUACAGAGGAAAUGAGAGAAAUUCAAAGGAAACUAGAUCAUGACGUAACUUUGCGAGAGUUUUUGAGCGUAAAAGGACAAAAAAGAAUCUUGAAAGAUUUGGAGGAGAAAGAACGUAAAAAAAGAGAUCUACAGACUCAAAACCAACAAAAUCAACUGAUAAUGUUAGAAAAUACAAUGAAACAAAUACAGACAUUUUGUGGUGAAAACGAUGUUAAUAAAAUGGCUUCUCUAUAUCUGAAACAAGAAGAAGAGAAUUUCGCUUUAUUUAAUUAUGUAAAUGAAUUAAAUCACGAGAUUGAUUUGUUACAAGUUACUCUAAAUGAAAUACAAGCGAAAAUAGAUGAGCAAAUUGAAAUAAGUCAAUCGAAAGAAAAAGAGCGUAUGCAUAAUUUGGAAUUUUUACGAAAACAACUAGAAGCGGCUAUUAAAGAGGCUAAUGAUAGUGAGGAAAAUGUUAAGAAAGUGGAAUUUAAACUUAAAUCGAUAUUGGAAGGUAUUGAAGAAAUUUUUGAUUUGUUAUCCUGUGAUAGAGGACCGAUUCUUGGUUUACUGGGUAAGUAA